UGAACGCGUGGCGCCAUCUAGCGCGUGACCGCGGCACGAGCCUCCACCGGAUUGGCUGAGCAGUCGUCAGGACUGUUUACAGGAAACAUGGCUUCCAGGUCUGUGGGAGAGCUUCAAGAGAUGGAAGUGGACCGGCGGGGUGAGUCCGAGGAGUCCGGCGAUGAUGAGACCAAGAGGAGGAGUAUCAAUGGCAACGUGGACCGCGACCAGCCCGCCACCACAAGUAAAGAAGAGUCUCCUGUUGACAUGGACACCAUAACGUUGGACCCAGAAGAAGAGGACGUUGAUCUUGUUCAUUGUCGUAUUGGAAAGAUUGAAGGGUUGGAGGUGCUAAAGAAAGUUAAAACCCUCUCCCUAAGACAGAAUCUCAUCAAAAAGAUUGAAAACCUUGAAAGUUUGAGCUCGCUGCGGGAACUAGAUCUCUAUGACAAUCAGAUUCGCAAACUGGAGAACCUGCAGAACCUCACGGAGAUCGAGCAGCUUGACAUGUCCUUCAAUAUGCUGAGGAAGGUGGAGGGUCUGGAGCAAAUGACUAAGCUGAAGAAACUUUUUCUACUUCACAACAAAAUCGGCAGCAUUGCCAACCUGGAACACCUCACAGGCCUGGACAUGCUGGAACUGGGCUCCAAUCGCAUCCGGAUCAUAGAGAACCUGGAUACUCUUUCAUCUUUGCAAAGUUUGUUUCUUGGCACCAACAAAAUAGCCACGCUUCAGAAUCUGGAGGGUUUGCACAACUUGACCGUUUUAAGUAUUCAGAGCAACCGGAUCACUAAAAUUGAAGGUCUACAGAAUCUUGUCAACCUAAGAGAGCUCUAUCUGAGCCACAACGGCAUCGAGGUCAUCGAGGGCUUGGAAAACAAUAAGAAGCUUACGACCCUGGACAUCGCAGCCAAUCGAGUAAAGAAAAUCGAGAACAUCAGCCAUCUGACCGACCUGCAGGAGUUUUGGAUGAACGAUAAUCAGAUAGACAACUGGUCCGACCUCGACGAGCUGAAGAACGCCAAGUCUCUGGAGACGGUCUACCUCGAAAGAAACCCUGUACAGAAGGACCCACAGUACCGGCGAAAGAUCAUGCUGGCGCUGCCCAGUGUGCGGCAGAUCGACGCCACCUUCAUCCGCUUCUAAACCGCAGUAAAAAAUAAAUAAAAAAUUGAGCGGACAGCUCCGCAGCGUAGUCCCUCGCCGCCCUGCGUGCCCUACCUCCGAAAGAAACUUCAUUUUGAAACAAAACACACUCCUCACUGAAUCAUAUAGUCGCUCUGUGCACAAAUACGCAUUCCGGCGUUCACUCUCACCCACGGCUUACUCAACACGUACGUGUUUGCAUGUGUGCGCUCAUUCACACCGUGAUCAAUGCUGGGGGGGUUGACGCAUUUUUUUAAUUUCUUAAGGAGGAUAUGAACUGGAAGAAGGAUUUCAAAAUGUACCAUUUCCUGAUUUUUCUGCACUGAUUUUCGUUUUAUUGUUUUGCAUGCACGAUGGUGUGGGAGACAUAUUUCAUCAAUUGCCCAUCAGGAAAAUAAGAUAUCAGUGGUUUGUUACAUUUCAUAAGAUUGCCCUGCUAUCAUGUGAGAGGAAAGUUCUUACUAUGAGAGUUUAUUCCAUUUGGUUUGAUCGUGUAAAGCUUUUGACACAAGUAACACACUGAGUUAUCGAACAAUUAAACAGACGUACAUCUAAAAAAGGGAAGUCCCUCAGAAAAUGGGUAACAUAUUGUAAUCUUUAGAAUCAAAGGAUCACAGAAAUAGUUCUAAAAUGCGACUUAACGCGUCACAGUGACACCGUGUAGGUCCAGGCCAGUUCAGCCCCGGCUUAGAGCUGUCAUUUGAAGGAAAACACCAAGAAAUGAUAUAUCAUUUUUAAUAAACUGGUAUUGUUAAUGAUGAAAGGAAAAUCUGGAUUUCUAGGCCGUGUCCGCAUAUUUUACUCCUCACUGAUUACAGCUUCUCUUUUGGACUUUGGGGAAAUUGUUCAUAUCUGUUCUGAUAACUCUAAAAUGUAGAUUGUAUUGUAAGUGAAUUUAUAAUAUAUAUAAUCGCAGGACUGGCUUCACUUAUGUGUUGAUAACCGAUGUAGGAUCAUUUACAUAUUCCUGUUUUCAAGUGUUCAGAUAUAUGCAAAGAGGCUAUAAUUCAUAUUCUGUAAUAGUCUUUCUUCAAUACUGCCUACAAGCAGAUCGUGGUUCAUGUUUAUGUUGCCGUGGCAUUUCUUAGAUCACGGAGUGACCUAUUGUGAUGGUCCCACAUGUUGCAUUAAUAGACUUAAUAUACUCCCAGGUUACAAUGAGCAGGUUAUAUAUGUGAAUAAUCUCCCACCUCAGAUUACAAUGCAUCGUUGGGUAUAGAUGAAGAAUGCCCGACUAAGUGUUUUCUGUGCAACACAAGACUAUUUCAUACCUUUCAUCUGGGUCUGAAGUGUCUUCAAUGAGAACUCUCCCUUUGGCAGGAACAUAACAGCACAGUAUGCUGGUUUGUAUUGUAGGUGACUUGGCCGGCUUUCAAAGGAUUCAAAAUUAUGAUAAAAAAUAUUAUUCUUGAAUUUGAAUAUAACUUAACUGUAGAAGAUGUAUGAGCAUCACAUUGACAUCAAUAACUACAUGUCAAUGUGAAGCCAUUUUAUAUUUAGCUUCAAAUAGAAUUACAAUUGGCCAGUAGGGUCGGAGGGGUCACAAGGUGUAUUAAGUAUAAUUUGGACACCUUACGUUGUAGAAAGUCACUUCCAUCAUCACCUUCCCUUUUUUAAGUGAAAUUCUUCUUUCUUUUCAACAGGCAGCUCAGCAGCUUUAUUUGAGAACAGUGAUGAAGAUAACUUAACCUUGAUUGGUUACUGAAUAAGCAAUUAUUGGAUUUUCUACCAGCUGAUCGUUGUUGAAAACUGAGUUUUCAGUUUUUGGACUUGGUUCAUGCUGUUUUCAAACUGAAUGUAUUAUGCAAACAAUAAAAUGACACGACUUAAAGACAAA